AUGAGUCUGAGUGAGAGGCUGAACAGGAAACUGGAUGGAGGAAAGUUCAGAUUGCUGAACGAGAAGAUGUAUCGUGGAAAAGGCCUUGGAAAGGGAAACUUGCAGCUGUAUCAUGAGCUGUAUGGAUCGCAAGUGAUGAAGUGGCCGGUGAAUCCAUUAAAUGUGGUUAUAGAAAGGAUCAAGCAGCUGAAUGCAGAACUGGCAAUUGCAGAUAUAGGCUGUGGAGAGGCAAGAAUAGCAAAGGAGUUCAAGAAUGUGGUAUCGCUGGAUAUACAUCCGACUACGAAGGAUGUGGUGCAUUGCGACAUGUCGAAGAAGAUUCCGCUCGAUGACGAAUGCAUGGAUGUUGCAGUGUGCUGCUUGAGCAUGAUGAUGGACAAUAUUACGAGUGCAACGAGGGAGGUAAACAGGAUUUUGAAGAAGGGGGGAUAUUGGUAUGCAGCAGAAGUAAGGAGCAGGAUAGAAAGCGUGAAUCUGUUGGGAAAGAGGUUUGAGUCGUUUGGAUUUGAUGUUGACUAUGUUGAUGUAAGCAACAAGCAGUUUGUACUAUAUGUACUACGAAAGAGAAAGCUGGUGAAUGACAGAAGAAAAAAGCCGAUACUGCUUAUGCCAUGCAUGUACAAGAAGAGAUGA